UAGGUCCAAUGGGCCUUUUGGAGAGAGUUGGAAUAUAAGAUGGAGUAAGAAAAUCGAAGCGCGAUUGAUUAGGGCAAUUAGAAUCAGAAGAAGUAGCCAACUAGCCAUGGCUUCUAUGGAUUUGGGAACAUGCGAUUCAGCUUGGGAGGGGAACCUGGCGGAGGUUGACGACGAUGGCAAAUCAGAGGAGUCCUAUGUAGAUUCGGAGGAUUCCUCCCACAUUCUUGAUACAUUCGAGGACGAUGAGGGAACCAUUGUGGAAUACAUUGGUCGCGAAGCCACAAACACUCCUCCUGAUUAUCAAGAUUUCUCCGAUCCUGAAGACGAGAAAUCCUUUAGACAAUACAGGGAGGAAUUUCUCGCCAGCGAUGGCUAUGAUGUUACCCACUUUUAUGAAGAGCCUUUCGUUUAUGGUCUCAUGAGACCAAUAUCUCUGGAACCUGACGAUUUCUUUUAUGAAGGUUGCGUCCUAGCUGUUCAAAGAUUGAUCACAUAUCUCAGGGAAAAGAAAGGAAGAACUCUUGAAUUUGUGAAACUUGUCAAGGCAAAUAGGGUUAUUGGUACUCUUGCUUUCUAUUUCGCCACAUUUACGGCCAUGGAAUCUGGAAAACUAGGAACUUACCAAGCCAAACUGCUUCGCUCUGUUCAUGGUGACGAGUUUCACAUCUUUGCGUUUAGGGAAGCACCUAAGGUAGAGAUGGCUGAAGUUCGGGAAUGCUGAAGUAUGCCUGUUUUAAGUGUUGGGGUAUGGAUCCAUAACAUAAUUAUGCUUGCAUUGUUGGUGGUCCUAUGUGGUCUGUGAGUAUAAAAAAGAUGAACUCUAUGUUGUUCUAUGUAGUACUUUGUUGCAGUGGUCAAAUGGUUGUGAAGCCAUUAACAAUCUUAUGAUGAUUUACGUUAAAUUGUGAUGCAAUCUUUUUCAUGCUUAUAGCUCUUACAUUCCCAAUU